AUGUAUAUAACUGUGAUUGGUUUUUAGAUUUUGUCCAAUGUUGCUGCCUCUCGUUUUUUUUUUUUUGGAAUCCUUUUAUAAGUUCAUUUUCUCAGUAUAUAGGUACAGCUCUGUGCCUAUUCAUCACAAUCUUCGCUUACACAAAAAUUUUCUUUACUCUGCGUCAUAAUCAAGUUCGUGUUGACCAUUUUUAGAAGACAACCAAGCCAAGCAACUCCACUGAACAUAGCUCGAUACAGAAAGGCAGUGAACAUUGCACUGUGGGUGCAGGGAACAUUGGUUGUUUGUUAUCUGCCGUUUGUUGUGGUGGUGGCGAUAACACCUCAAAGAGGGAUAACCUUGCCAAUUCACCUUGCCACGCAAUAUACAGGAAGUGUAGUUUACUUGAACUCAUCUUUAAACCCGUUGUUGUACUGUUGGAACAUGAGAGAAGUGAGGCAAGCUGUAAAAGUGACAUUAAGGCAACUAUUCUGUCAAUCGAGUUAG